AUGUCGUGGUCAUCUACUUCGCUUUCGUGGCUGAAGCCGCGAAAUGCGUUCCUCACUCUCUUUUAUGUCACUCUUUUGACUCUUUCUUUUUCAGUUGAUUCAUCUUCCGCUAUCUCGGCACCAGUCCGGCUCCCUGCCAGUCCUGGAUAUCAAGGCCGAUCCAAUGCGUGUCCCACUCGAUGUGCAGUCUCGGGACCCAACCCAGCAAACUGGUCCAUGUACCACAACUUCGAUCAAUUGGCCUCAUGUCGAGAGUCUCUCUUUUAUUCUUUCUCCUUCCUCGACCCGGUUGAUGAUGCUAGCGUUGGCCAUCACAUCUACGCCUGUACCUCGUUUGGCCCGGAUUGGGGAAACCUGCCGGCGAACACAACAAAUCUCCUCCUGCAGUCGUCAGACGCUCCGGAACCCGUGAAUGGUACCUAUCAGGUUGGAUACUGGCCCGCCGCCUCUGGUUCUCCAGUUUCAGGUUCUUUAGGCACGCUCGCUAGUCAGCUCCGUCAGUACUUGGUUAGAGGAUUUGGCCUCAGCGACAGUCCAACAAUUCUCUUCGCCCGCUAUGGCUCCACCUCGGUCGGUCUCUUUAUCGGUCAAGGAUUGGAGAACAAAGGCAUUGGAGAAAAUGUGCUGUCAACCUUGGAAAGUUCAAUUGCAAAUGCCAAUGCCACCAAUGCCGCGAGUGUAGCGAUGCAAUUCUGCGAACCUGGCCAGACUUCGCAUCACGUCUUCGGUCUGAUUGCGACAGGCAAUGGAACUUUCGCUCCCAUACAGGAUGCCCUGUCCUCAUGGUCGAAAGCAAAAUGUCUGACAUUCCCGAGCGCUCACAACAUCACUGCCGAAGUCCCACUCGUGAAGCCCCUGUUCAACGCCUCUUCCGAUCCUCUCAUUGCUACUUCCACUCGUCCCUCGAUUCCCUCCGCCACCCCAGCUCAUAGCAAUACGACCUCCAUUCGAGGCAGGACACUCACCCCUCGAUCUACCUGCUCUACUACAGUCCAGGUCGUCUCGGGUAAUUGCUAUGAUUCUUUGGCGUCGGAAUGUGGGAUCACGGAAGCCAACUUCCUUGAUUACAAUAACGUCACGAACAGCGAUUGUGACACUUUGGUGAUCGGUGAACACUUCUGCUGUUCAGCCGGAACGUUGCCAGACUAUGCUCCUCAGGUGCAAUCUGAUGGUACUUGCGCGACAUACACGAUCCAGUCUGGUGAUAACUGCGAAACGAUCGCCGCUUCAUACGGUCUGACAAUGGAUGAGCUCGAGGAUUUCAACGAUGACACCUGGGGUUGGGCUGGCUGCAGCCCCCUCUACGCGAACACUAUCAUUUGUCUGAGUGAGGGUACUGCGCCCAUGCCGGCCGCUAUGGCCAACGCAGAAUGUGGACCACAGGUUCCCGGAACGGUGACUCCCCCGAGCGGGACGAACAUUUCCACACUCAACGAGUGCCCUCUAAAUGCCUGCUGUGAUGUGUGGGGUCAAUGCGGUAUAACAUCCGACUUCUGUACUGACACCAGCACCGGUGCCCCCGGAACGGCGAAAAAUAAUACUAACGGCUGUAUCUCCAACUGCGGCACCGACAUUGUGCAGAGUGAUGCACCUGCCACAUACAGGCAGAUCGGCUUCUUCGAGGGUUAUAACUUACAGCGACCCUGCCUCACCAUGGAUAUCUCUCAAAUUGACCUAACUGCUUAUACUCAUAUUUACUUUUCUUUUGGUGUCCUUGACUCGUCUUACGAGGUCCAGAUCCCCAACGACACUACGACCGGCACAACAUACGAGUUCGGCCUGUUUACAAAGCUUCUAGGCACAACUCGUGUCUUGUCGAUCGGCGGCUGGUCAUUUUCCACUGAUCCGAGCACUUACAUGAUUUUCCGUGAUGGUGUCACUGCUGCCAACCGGUUGACGAUGGCCACGAACAUUGCCAACUUCAUCAACGACAAUGACCUUGACGGCGUCAACAUCGACUGGGAAUAUCCAGGAGCAACUGAUAUCCCUGGUAUUCCGGCUGCUAGCUCCGAUGAUGGUACCAACUAUCUUGCCUUCCUUGCCGUGUUGAGAAAUCUUAUGCCCGAUAAGGAGAUUACAAUUGCGGCUCCAGCAUCAUACUGGUAUCUGCAGGGCUUCCCCAUCAGUGAAAUGGCCGAACUGGUGGACUACAUCAUUUACAUGACCUACGAUCUGCAUGGACAGUGGGAUUCCAAUAACCAGUGGUCGCAGGAUGGGUGCCCAACAGGUACCUGCUUGCGUACAGACGUAAACAUCACCGAAACCGAUGGCGCUUUAAGCAUGAUUACGAAAGCCGGUGUUCCCUCCAACCAGGUUGUGGUCGGUGUUACUAGCUAUGGACGAUCGUUCGCGAUGGCCGAAGCAGGCUGCUAUGGACCAGAGUGCUUAUACUUGGGAUCGGCCGAUGACUCACAAGCCACCCCAGGAGAAUGUACUCAGACUGCAGGCUACAUUGCCAAUGCUGAGAUCUUGGCAAUUAUUGCAAACUCCAGCAGAGUCAAUCAGGACUACAUCGAUGUUGACAGCAACACCAAUAUCCUUGUAUAUGAUGACACUCAAUGGGUUGGCUGGAUGAGCGAUGGUAUCAAAUCGGAGCGAAAAUCGGUCUACCAGGGCCUAUCGAUGGGUGGCUGGACUGACUGGGCUAUUGACUUGCAGGAAUUCCAAGAUGUUCCUCUUUCGUCGGACUCCUGGACCAUGUUCAUUGAAGAUGCUGUUGUGGAUGUUUACUCUUCCGAAGGUAAUCGAACUGGCAACUGGACUACCUUGGACUGUUCAAACCCCGCUGUGACAGAUGCACUAUACAUGCCAUGCGCGCAGCGCUGGUCGGAGCUCGACGCGUCCAAUGCGUGGUCAGACGCCUUGACUGUCUGGCUUGAUACAGAUGAGCCAGAACUUGGAGACUCUGAGCCCGAGUUCACUCUAUCUAUCAUGAAUACCCUUCAUGCUGCGGAGGAGAUGAACUGUGGACAAAUUGCUCCGGCAGGUUCUUGCUACACCACUGAAACUUGCGCUUGGUUUGAAGGUUUCGGUGACGAUGGUGGCUCAGGCCCUGCGGCGAUGCUCAUCUACGACUCUUUCACCAUUAUCAACAGUGCAUACUCACAGUUCUAUCUCGCUAUCAAUGGAAUCGCGGCAACAUAUAUCGACAACCAGCUUGCAGAAUUUGAAGACACUUUUGCACCGGUUCCUCCAACCGAAAGUGACGCGUGGCUGGACAUUCUGAUCGACUUGCUCGGUCUUGGUCUCACUGCGGUUGCUGCGCCAUUCUUCGACGGAGUCUUUGGAGCCCUACCAGCUCUUGAAGCGCUAGGGGAUUCUGGUGCCCAAGUUGCCCAAGAUAUGACGUAUUCUGCCAUCGCUUACGGAGCUUCAAUUGCUACCUCUAGUCUACCUGCCGGGGCUCCUGACAAAUGGACAGCCGCGUCUCAAACGAGUUUCACCGCCACUAUGGGCUCCGUACUAUACGGCUGGUCUGCUGCCGCGGAAAACCAGCUCUACACGCUAUUCAACGGAUCUUCUGCCUCUAUUACCCUCUUGACAACUCUCAUCAGCGAUGGCAAGCUCAUUGAGGGCAGCGGCGCCUCCCCAGAGACUGGUUACGACCCCACAACUUCAACAACCACCGAUGUCGAGGGUUUCAUUGGCACAGCUUUCUUCGGAUACGCUAUUCCGGCUUUGUGGACUGCCGCUGGUACUGCGGCUUUCGUCAUCGACUCGGGCUAUGCAUGCAGUGCACAAAACCCAUUGACCGACUACAUGACCGACUCCACCCAAGAGGCCACAUAUGCAUGCUACAACGACAACUUGUACUAUCUGGUCUACCCUGACGGCACGUACGAAGGUUGUACCGGAAACGAUGAGGAAGCAUGCUCUCAAAGUUACUUCACUGCUCCACCAGGUCUGGACACUCUCAGCAACGCCACCUGGGGAGGCAUCACUCUAGCCAACCUUAUCGAAGGAUCCGUGAACACAUAUGUCGCCAACGGCAACGCGAACGGAGGACCUGUCGCCGAUCCGGUAAACGAGGACACACUCAAGGACUUAGCGAAUCGGGAUAUUACUACUGCCGGUUACAUUCGCCUGCCGGUCUGUUCGGCGCAAGUUGCCUGGGCUUCCUGGUCGACUCCAUCACAGUCCAACUCCUCAGCCGCCGGCUACCCUUGCAACCCUCUGCAAGGUGUGACCAAAUGCAGCUCUUACACUUACGAAGAUGAGACCACAUCCGCUUCUCCCUCCGUAUCUGAUUGCCAGACCCUCAUGAGUAACAUUGCGGGCACGGACGGCGAAUGGACUACCGGAAUCAGUGGACAGCGCGCAAUUGCCACCUAUGGCACCUGCAAGUUUGGCGUCCAGAAUGAUGGUGUUACCGGUGAUGUUACUUACUACACUGGUAGCCAGGACAUUGUCACCCUUGUCACCGAGGCCAUUUCGCUGUAUGAAUGGGAAGGUCUCGUUGGUGCGAAGGGAUACAUGGAGUGUGAUGGCGAUGCGGGCAAGCAAAAGGUGGAGUGGGGACUGUAUUAA